AUGAUCAAGAAACAGUACCUCACAUAUUGUGUGGUUGCUCCCAAAUGGCACAGACACUAUACAAGGACAGACUUGAUAAAACGCGACGACCACUUUACCACAGUAUUAGAAAAAAACGAAUUUAGUGAAUCUCAGUUCUUUCAGCCGUGGUAUAAGCAAAGCCACCCGGUUCCAUGUUUGGAGAAAGCGAAAGUGUUGUGGGAUAUUCCAUGGCAUCUGGAAAAAUUCCCCAGAAACGGAGCAAACAAACCUGAUGUGAACGUCUUGGACAAAAUGAAUAAGGAAUGGUUCAUAAUCGAAGGAACUACUUGCAUGCCAAGGACAAUACCAGCAAGGACUAUGUUUAAAAGGGACGAAUACUGA